AUGGCAUCCCCACCACCAGUCAUCAUAGCUGGCUCCGGCUUAGCCGGCCUCUCCGCCGCCAGCACCCUCAUCGCGCACCACGUCCCCGUCCUGAUGCUCGACCGCGCCCUCAAGCCAGGCGGCAACUCCAUCAAAGCGUCUUCGGGGAUUAACGGCGCCGGAACAAUAUUCCAGCACUGCGACGACAAUGCCGAUAUCUUCUUCCAGGACACGCUCCGGUCCGCCGGCCAGGCAUUCACACGGGCAAGUAGCGACGAGCGCGCCCGGCGGGAGACGCUGAUUUCGACGCUGGCGUCUCGUUCCGCGGACGCGGUGCACUGGCUCGUUGACGAGAAGGGCGUGGACCUGAGUAAAGUCGCGCCAUUGGGGGGACAUAGCUUCCCGCGAACGCAUCGCGGGGCGGGGCGGGAUCCGCCUGGCUUUUCGAUCGUGGGGACGUUGCUUCGGAAGUUGAAGAUGGAGGGGCUGUUUACUCUGCGGAACGGGGCGAGGGUUACGCGGGUUGUAAAGGAGGAGGGGUGCGUGAAGGGGGUGGAGUAUGUGACUGUCGAGGGGGAGACACAAAACCACACGGUCGAAGGGCCAGUCAUCUUCGCUACGGGCGGGUUUGCGGGCGAUUCCAGCGGUAUGCUGGCGCAGUAUCGGCCGGAUCUGGCCGAUUUUCCCUCGACGAACGAGGCGAGGGAAGGCACGCAGCCAAUUCUCGAGGCGGUGGGUGCCUCGGUGGUGGAUAUGGAGUGCGUGCAGGUUCAUCCGACGGGGUUCGUGGACCCCAAGGAUCCGGCGGCGAUGGCCAAGUUCCUGGCGGCUGAGAUGCUUCGCGGAGAGGGUGGGAUUCUGCUCAAUAGCGAUGGAAGCCGGUUCGUGAAUGAGCUGGAGACCCGCCAGCAUGUCGUUGAUGCCAUUCGGCAGUCGACCUCUCCGAUGGAGACGGCUACGCGCCAGUGGGAUGUGACGCUGGUCCUUGAUGAGAGCUCCGCAGCAGCCGCUGGCUCUCACAUGGACUUUUACGUCGCGAAGGGACUCAUGAAGAAGGUGACGGUCGGGGGGCUGGACCUACCGACGGUGAAGACCCUCCAGGAGUAUGGGGAUGUUGUGUCCGGCCGGAAAGAGGAUCCGUUCGGCCGCAAGUCGUUUGGCCAUUGGAAAUUGACGGAAGUUCUGCCGGAGUACGCGGUUUAUGUCGGACAGGUGACGCCGGUCAUUCAUUUCACGAUGGGAGGGGUGGUGAUCGACGAGCGGAGCAGGGUCAUCGGCACAGACGGGACCCCGAUAGAAGGCCUCUGGGCUGCAGGGGAGGUGACUGGAGGUGUCCACGGCCAGAACCGUCUGGGAGGGUCGUCUCUUCUGGAGUGUGUGGUGUUUGGACGUAUAGCAGGGACUGAGGCGGCAGCAUGGCACAAGGAACACUACCCAGAAGCUCCUCCCUCGAGUGAUGGUACAAGGAGCUGA